AUGUUUAAAAGAAAAACUGCAAAAUAUCUGAAAGAACUUGAAUCAUCAUUAUUAAAGUUACGUAAUAUUAUCGAUGAUGAAAAAGAAUAUGUAUUUGAGAGAAGAAAUAUGACUGAAGCAGAAAGAGUCUUGAUUGAUCAAGAAAUCGAUGAAACUUUUCAGAUUGUUAGAUAUGAAUUUCAACCAGAUUUUGAAAAAAAAAUUGAACAAGAAACUUUAAAACGGUUAAAGAGAAGGUAUCCAGAUCAGAUUCAAAAGAUUAAUAAGAAACCAAGAGUUGAAAAAGCAAAAGUUAUCAUUUUAACAGGUGGAAUCGGAGUUGGAAAGACUACAUUUGGAGAAAAAUUUGCAAAAUAUCUAGAAGAUGAAGGAUUUAGAGUAUACCGACCAGUUGAGACAUCAUUAAAAAUAAAACGCGAAUUAGAUUUAUUCUAUAAAGAUGUUGAGGGUCGUGCUUUGUUUUUUCAACAUGUAAUUUUAGAAACUUACAAGAAAGAAGUAGAAAAGAUAAAUCAAUUAACUGGUUAUGAUUAUGUGAUCUUUGAUCGUACACAUAUUGAUACUGAAGUAUUUACUCAUCUUAACAUUAAAGAACAAGAUGUUUUAGACUAUUUACAUGAGAGAAGAUUAGAAAUCGAUCUUAAAAAUAUUUACAAGGUUAUUUAUAUCAAACCAAAAAUCGAGAAUAUAUUGAAACGACAAGAAAAAAGAAAUCGACCAGGAGAAACUACAGAUGUUGAGUAUUUAACAAAGUUGUAUCAAGAAUAUGAUUCCAGAAUCAUGAAAAUGUAUCCUGAACAUAUCAUGUUCGAGAAUGAUUGCUCUAACAAAGAGGAUCAUAAACCAGCUGAUUGUUGUUUUAAAGAGUAUAAUUUAAUGUUUGAAAAACUUAUUUCAUAG